UAUAUAGGCAUUACAGCCUGACUCUCCCUUCACGCCUAUCAGUCUGUGAAUGAGCUGAUCACACCCUGCGUGUCAUUUUUACAGGAAGGAAGUGUGUGCAAACGUUUUGAGUCCCCAACACAUCAAGGGCAAGAUGGUCUUCACUAUUGAUGAUUUGGACUUUACUGCUGGCCAAGACCUGACGAUUGCUGGCAAGGUGAAAUCUGGCUGCGAUUACUUCUCCAUCAAUAUCGGGCAUGACAAGGACUCCCUGGCCUUGCACUUUAAUCCCCGUUUUAAAUACAACAAGGACCGCAAUGUCAUUGUGUGUAACUCUAAUCGGGGUGGAUGGGGAAAAGAACAGAAAGAGCACAACUUUCCAUUCCAACGUGAUGAGGCCUUCAAGGUGGUGAUUAACUUCAGCAAUGAGCAGUUUCAUAUUAAACUCCCCGAUGGCAAAAUGAUGAGUUUUCCAAACCGUUUCGGAGACGACAGCUUUAAAUACCUCUAUGUGAACGGUGAUGUCGUGAUUAGCAGCAUCAAGAUAAAAUGACGUGGUCCAGACCACUCAGUCAACUCAGAUCAAUGAGACUAAAUUAGCAUUAAAUAAUAAAUAAAUACAAAAAUAUUAUGAUUUAAAUACAGUAAACUUUAUUUAAUGCACAUUAUUAUACAUUUUCUGUCUGUAUGUGGAGUGAUUAUUUUUAAAUUCAUAUUUUUAUAG